AGCGUCCCACCAGGAAUAUCAUACGACGGCCCCAUGGUCGAAGUUGCUAGCGGCGGCGCUGAGCAUGAUUGGCUAAAGUACGAAAAAGUCAAAGAGUAUACGAACGCGUUCGUAAUCCUUAACGACCAGAAGGUGUUGCUCGGCCUGAAGAAACGGGGUUUUGGAGUGGGCCUGUGGAAUGGCUUUGGUGGAAAAGUUGAUCCCGGAGAGACUGCUGCCCAAGCAGCCGUACGUGAGCUGGAGGAAGAAGCGGGUAUAACGGCGCCACUUCAGCAGUGCGGCACUCUCUUCUUCGUCGAGAACACCAUGGACGCGGCCUUCAACAUCAGCGUGUUUUGCGCACACGAGUACUCUGGCACGAUCACGGAGUCGGACGAGAUGCGUCCGGAGUGGUUCUCUAUCCAGGAGGCGCUGCUGCCGCGUACGAAUCCUCUCACUAUGGUCGACCACGGGGACAAUGCGAAGGAUCUCCCGCCGAUCCCGCUCGAGAAAAUGUGGGCGGACGACGAGUUUUGGAUGCCCGCCAUGUUUGGACGCCGGCAUUUCGUCGGGCGGGCAGACUUUGGGGUGGACAACAAGAUGAUCAAGUGGUGGUUCGGGGCGGCCCCUGCCGGCCACGGGGAUAGCGUGUAGAUUCCCAUCAUCGGAGUGCCGGCUUCCUAGAGCGGAUCAGGAUACAGAUAUUACAAUGCUUUCC